CGACAGGCCAAAACACGAAGAUGAUUGACACAAGGAUGAAAUCAGCUGAGUGCGGGGUAAAUAUUGGUGUCCGCGCAACACCCGAUUUGCUACUAUGUGUUUGAGACUGGCAUUGUCUGCUAAAUCGACUUUCUGCUCUUCAUGAUAAGCUCAACAUGCUAACCUACACCAAAAUACCUCCCGACUACCUGACGAGAGUGUAUGCCGGCGUGCUCGGGAAGCUGAUCGGCGUCUACCUCGGCCGGCCGUUUGAGGGUUGGUCUCACGCUGCCAUCGUCGCCGAGCUCGGCAGAGUCCGUCACUACGUCCACACGCGCUUCCCAGGCUUCGGCCAGCGGCCACCCGUCGUCACUGACGAUGACGUUUCUGGCACUUUCACCUUCAUCCAUGCCCUCGUGGAGCACGGCAUCACCAGUGACAUCACGUCUGAGCAGAUUGGCGAUACCUGGCUUAACAAUGUCAUUGAGAGGGAGACCGUCUUUUGGUGGGGAGGCAGAGGCAUAUCCACCGAGCACACCGCGUUCCUCAACCUCAAGAAGGACAUCAAGGCACCCGGUAGCGGCAGCAUAAGGACGAACGGCAAGACAGUGGCUGAGCAGGUCGGUGCCCAGAUCUUCAUUGACGGAUGGGCCAUGCUCUGUCCGGGACGGCCUGACCUCGCGGCAACAUUUGCCAAGGCAGCUGGCUCGGUUAGCCAUGAUGGCGACAGCGUCCUCGCUGCCAUGAUGUGGGCCUCUAUGGAAGCUGAGGCAUUCAUUUCGAAGGAUGUGGACCAUCUGAUUGAGACAGGGCUGAGGAUUAUCCGCAAAGAAAGAGGAGGCUCCCUUAUCGAAACGAUGAUCCGAGAGGUGCGCAAAUGGGUGUCACUCGACAAGAAAUGGGAGGCAACAAGACAACGCAUUGACGACAAAUACGGCUACGACCAUUUUGGCGGCAUCACCCACGUUGUCCCAAACCAUGCCAUUAUGAUCAUGACCCUGCUCUACGCGGGUGACGACUUCCACGAGGCUAUGCAUAUUGUCAACACGUGCGGGUGGGACACAGACUGCAACUCGGGGAAUGUGGCGUGUCUCAUUGCCAUCAUGCACGGUCUGCAAUGCCUUGAGGGCGGGCCAGACUGGCGAGGCCCCGUUGCCGACCGAGCUUUGAUCUCGAGCGCCAACGGAGGGUACUCGAUCAACAAUGCAGCCCGGCUCGCCUACGAUAUCACGGACCUUGGGCGAACGCUUGCGGGUCUCGAGCCCCUAAAUCUCCCGAAGGACGGAGCAAAAUACCAUUUCACACUCCCAGGCAGCGUCCAGGGCUUCACCGUCCACCCUCCCAAGGCCGCCACAGUGGCCCAGGGCCUCGACCGUCUUGGUAGAGCCGGCCUCGCCAUAAAUCUAACAGGCCUGACCCCGACAAGUGAACCCAUCGCCAUCAUGACGGACACCUUCCAUCCGCUCUACCUACCCACGUCCGGCGAGGCAUACCACCUCAUGUCGACGCCCCUGUUGUACCCGGGGCAGACCGUCAGGGCCACCCUCCACGUCGACGUCGGGGAGUGCGAGUUUCCUGUCUCCUGCCAGAUCAUCAUCAAAGCCUACGACCACGAUAACACCGUGCUCACUUUCCAAGGCCCCCCCGUCGAUCUCUGCGCGACCAACCCCAACACGACAUACUCCACAGCAGCCCUCGAGUACGAGAUCCCGACCUCGGGCCACCUCGACGGCACCCGGCCCAUCUUCGCCGCGGGCGUGGCCAUGGCGCCCAGCGCAGCCGCCGCCGGCAGGGUCUGGCUCGACCGCCUCUCCUGGGACGGCCCCCCGCAGCUGGCCCUCAGGCUUCCGCGGCAGACGGAGGAGCCCCUGGCGUACUUCCGGCGCAUGUUCGUCCGGUCCGUGGACAACUUCCACGUCGGCACGGGGCCGACGUUUCGGCUGGCGCAGGACCGCGGCGAGGGCCUCCUGAGCGUCGGGACGCGCGAGUGGGCCCGGUGUCGUGCCGUGGCUCGCGGCUUCCGCGUCCUGGCUGGCGGUCCGUGCGGUGUCAUCUUCGGCGUGCAGGGAUUACGGAGGUGGUAUGGGCUUGUUUUCUUGCGGGGCGAGGACUCGGGGAAUGGGGUGGCUCUGGUCAAGGACCGGGAUGGGAAGAGGACGGUGUUGGCCCGGAUGCUGGUGCCGUGGGAGGUCGACGUCCCGUACGACGUGGGCGUUGAGCACGAUGGGCGUAGCCUGGUGGGCCAGGUUUGUCCUUCGGGGUCUGGCGACGAUAGUCUGCGGGUGAUCAGGGCGGAUGAUGAGGGCGACGCAUACCAGAGUGGUGGCGUUGGGUUUGUCGUUAGCGAAGGGGCAAUAGCUGUGGACGAGUUGAUGAUUAGAGGGGUGAGGUGAGCCGUGGUGUUUCUUUCAGGGAGGGCUGGACUUGGACUGUCUAAGGCAGAUCGAUCCAGCAACAUUGAAGGUCCGCAGAAGUUGACAACUUGAAUGGCAGAGACGAG